AUGAUCGCUUUGCUGGGGCCGCCCUCCAUCAGAUUCCUGGAACUAAGCCAAAACAGUCUGAGAUUCUGGGAUGAGAACGGCAAUUGGCGAGGCCGUGCUGAGAUCCCAACACAGACCCUUGAAGAACGUGAAAUACGUCUCGAGGGUGAUAAUAAGGCAUCGUUUCUUGGGUUCUUACGCAAAACAUUACAAUGGCGGCCCGAAGAUAGAUCGGCUGCAGAAGAGCUCUUGGCUGACAAGUGGGAACGAGGAGACGACUAUUGA